AAAAAUGAGGUUGAAAAUAGUAGGAGCCAAAAAUCUGCUCUUAUCUAAGCAAGCAACCUGUAAACCAGCAGGGCAGCGCAUGGCCAUUUUUGUAGCAUCUUUAUAGAGAACAAUCCUUUGAAAAUUCAGCACCAUAAGAGAAGACAUGGCCUUAAUUCCCAAUUCUCAAGUUUUGUCUUCUUUCCCAGCCAUCAAUUCUUCAACAAACCCAUUUCCUAAAAUCUCCAAAUCCAUCAGGACUCUUAAAAUCUCAGUUUCACCCAACAAUUCUGAAGAUAAACCUCUGGAAAACCAGGAACAGAUUGUUGAAACUGACCCUGUGAAGCUCGCAUUUGCAAAAGCUAAGGCCUACAAGAAAGACAUUAAAUUACCUGAUCCUGAUACUGAUGAUCAGAAGGUGCCUUCAGCUGACAAAAUUUCACUGGACAGUAACACUCUACAAGAAAGAUCUAAUAAAGAGAACGAGGAAAAUGACUUCAUCAAAAUAGAGAAUGGGAAAAGUGACAGAAAUGCUUUAGGCAAAGAGAAUGUUAGUAAGAAGGAAAAAUUGACGAUCUCAAGUAUGGAUUUUGUGGGGCUUGGUUUUUCUGAUAGUAAGAAGAGCAGGGGACUGCCAGCUGGAUUGGUUCCAAUAGUAGACCCAUUCCCUGGAGGAGACUUGCCUGACGUAGAGAUACUUGUUGGGGACACAAGCAAGUUUGUAGAUACCGAGUCAUCAAAGUCAAACCGCAUACAAGAAGAUGACACAAAUACCUAUAAGCCAAAGGUUUCCACGUGGGGAGUUUUCCCCAGACCGAACGACAUCUCUAAAGCUUUCGGUGGUGGAAGAACUAUACGUCCAGGAGAGGUACUUGAAUCAGCAGAAGAGAAAGCAGCCAAAGAAGCACGUACGAGAGAGCUACUUGCUGCCUACAAGAGCAGAGUAGGCCUAACUAUUGAUCCAAAACUGAAACUUGAAUGUGAGGAGGCACUGAAGGAUGGCGACUCUUUGAUGGACCUUGGCAAGCUCAGGGAGGCACUACCAUUUUAUGAGAAAAUUAUGAAUAAGUUGCCAUUUCAGACUGAACUUCAUGGAUUAGCUGCACUGCAGUGGUCUAUUUGUCAAGACUCGCUUCGUAGGUCUAGUGAAGCUCGUUCAAUGUACGAGAAGCUUCAGUCUCACCCUAAUCCUCGAGUUAGCAAGAAAGCAAGACAAUUUAUGUUCAGCUUUCAGGCCAUGGAAAUGAUGAAGGUUACUGGCUCAACAUUCUCUUUGAAUACUGACUAUCAAAAUUAUUUCAACGCCUUUAUUAGGGAUAAAGUAAACUAUUCCCUAAAAGAGGAUGAAUCUGGUGAAGGUGCAAUCCGACAAGCUGUCCCUUACAUUAUAUUUCUUCUUUUCCCCAUUUUUAUUGUGCUAUUAAUUGCUGUAAGAAAGGGUGUAUAAGUUUUAUAGUUAGUAAUAUCUUGAAACUCGGACAACAAAUAACUCUGGAACUGAAAUGCAUGUUUCUCCCUAGUAUAUAUGGUACGUAAUAAAGUGAUGAGUUCCUCUGGAUAUUUGAGUGUGGUAGAAUCUUCUCCAAGAACAGCGUAUAUGCAUGAAUAAUUAUGAUAAUAAU